UGUUUAAAUUGUUUAUUUUUAUUUUUAGGUAUAUAAAAUUCAAAUGAAAAAGAAACCGCCAUAAUUUUUGACUAGAUAGGCAACAUUCAUUACAUUGCGGUAUUUUGUGAAACUCGACUUUAGUAACGUAAUCAUAGUUAUUGUAACAUUUGAAGGCUUGUGAUAUUUACUGUUUAAUUUAGUCGCAUGUGUAAUUUGUUACGAAUCUUAAAAAGAAAUCAUUUAUAAUUGUCUAAUAAUAGUCCUUCGAUAAAAAUCAUACAUUUUGUUUUACAGUCGAAAUGGUUAUCAACAGAACAUGUUUAGUUUUAUAGGUUAAGAUUUGUUAUUGUGCACGUGCUUUAUUGUUUUUAUCAACAGAGUUAGAAUUUAAGAGCUUGCCUUUAUAAUAUUAAUAACGUUUUGUUAAAUGUAACUUGUAAAAGAGUUCAUGUUAUGUUGUAUUAGUGUUUAUUGUUAAAAUGGACGUGAGAAUAAAAUUUAGAGGAGGGGGAUCCGUAACGGCCUGUGCUCCAGUAUUUUCUGAAGGAGAAGAGUUUGUGUAUAUUCCAUGGAAGAACAUUGUACUUUGCUAUUAUACAAAAACUGGCAAGCGAGCUCGGGAACUUAGAGGUUUGAAAGAUAAUGUGGUGGGCUUUAAUAUUGUUAAUUAUAAAGAUAAGGAAUGCUUAUUUGCCUGCUCGAUUACUGGCGAAAUGAUCUCUUGGAGCAUUGAUGAUUCUUGUGCAACAAUUAAAAGUAAAAUUCCCUUGCAAAAUAUUCUCAUAAGGAAAUUUCUCACAACUUCAUGGAGUAAAAAUGACGAGGAACAAAGACAGGUUCAUUUACUGUCAUGGACCAAGAACAUAACGCAAGAUAAGAGUUUGUCUUUGGGACUUUUCGACAUGAGUGUUGGGAAAUUAAGAGAAGUAAAGAUGACAUUAGAAGACACUGACCAUGAUAUUGCUACAGGUGGUUCUGAUAAUCCAUUCUUUGCUAUUGUACAAGGGCAAACAUUGUAUUUUGCAAGAUUGAAGGACGGAAAACAUAUUUAUAAGCGUCGAAUUCACGGUAGAAAGUUUACCUGCGUGGCCUGUCAUCCUCAUGAUGAAAGCGUACUUACGGGCGAUAAUACAGGGCGUAUUCUCCUAUGGCAUAAUUUGUCUUCUACGUCACCAACACAAGCUGUUUAUCAUUGGCAUACGUUGCCUGUAAAAACCGUGACAUUUUCUCGAACAGGUAGUUAUUUUUUCAGUGGCGCCGAUGAGUGUGUUCUAGUCAAAUGGGCCGUCGAAAAUCCCGAACAGAGACAAUAUUUGCCCCGUAUGUCAUUUACUAUCGAACGGGUGACGGUGUCAAAGGAUAACGUUCUUGUAGCCGUUACCACAAGAGAUAAUGUUGUUCACAUACUGGACUUUCGGUUGGAACGUGUCAGCACAAUCCAGCAUUUAGUUUUAGGCAGGAAUUUUCCUGCGGGAAUCCAUUACGAUCCGAGAACUGGAGCACUGGCCAUGAACGGAAUCGUUGGACAUUUGCAGUUCUAUUCGCCAAAUGAUAUGUCUUUGCUGUAUAAUUUAGAUAUUACCGGUCAAAAUAAAUUGACGAAGGAGAGAAAUGUUGAAAUCGAAAACACGGAUGUAGUUAAGCUAGCAAUAGACCGAAAUGGCAAAUGGUUGGCUACUGUAGAAAAAAGAGACUCCGCUACUCUCAAAUACGAAUUGAGACUUAAAUUUUGGCAGUUUAACUUGAAAGAUCAACAGUAUACAUUGAACACUUGUAUCGAAUAUCCCCACGAAAACAGUGUGGAAGACGUCUGUUUUCAACCAUCAUUGGACGCAAAUGAAUUGAGGUGCGUCACUGUAGGCGGAGACUCCAAAUUUAGGGUUUGGGAAAUCGUGAACGCUGACACAGUCUAUCAAAAGGGUGUUAGAUGGUCAUGUUUUGCUGCUGGUUUCUAUAAGAAUCUGCCGUGCAAAUGCUUGGACUUUUCAUCUGACGGAUCUGUUUUCGCGGUAUCGUUCGAUUUCGCAGUCACGCUGUGGGAAACUCGCACAUGCGACUUCAAGUAUUCCUUGUCGUGCCCACAGUUGAGAGGUGAAAGAAUUACACAAGUGAAAUUCGGCUCUGCCAACAGGUGCCAGUUAUUGGUGUCUGCAACAGAAGAUCAUGCGGUUCUGUGGAAUCUCCUUACUUUGAACGCCGUUUGGAUUGUCAAGGUGCACGUGUCUUUCCUUUUAAGUAGUUGUUUUUCUUCUUACAUGGCAAUUUUUACCGAAGAUUCCAAAGUUAUUAUUUUCGAUCCGAAUGAUCCAUCCCCUGUGUAUGUAAGUGAAGAAUUGAGAAUGUGUAACACGAAGGUCCUCACGGCUGUUUUCGCUCCUAAACCGACCAUCGUGGAUUUAGUCAAAAAGGGCAGUUGGUGUUCAAAUGUUCGAUUAUAUUUUAUAGAUUCAUAUCAGGAAUUGUAUUGUUUUGAUUCAGCUACAGAGGACAUAUAUGGUGAAAAUACUGAUAUAAUUGAAUCAGAAAGUAAGAGUUUGUUUAGUGCCACGAUUCCUAAGUUGAAAUCUGGCUGUGUUGGUGUCCAAGAAAAGAAAGAGCACACGAUUAAAAGAUUUACCGAUCUUAAAAAGAUGAGAGAGUUUUUGGAUGCCCCUGCUAAUACGAUGGCGCCCAUUCGUCUCAGUUGCGAAACGAUUCUCAAACUGUUAGUGGAAAGCCGUACAAACAAACGUAAGGACGGAUGUCAAAAGACCCUUUGAAAUAGGUCCAAAUUUUUCAAUAAAAUCUUAUGUAAGUCGUUUA